AUGAGCAGUGUGCACUCAUCCAAUCUAGGCGUCGAAGGACCCGAUGGAAGAUACACGCUAUUACCAGAAGUUGAAUCUCAUCGCAACUUAGACAGCCCCAGCUUUGCCCCGAACAACGACGACGAAUCUAUGGGGCUCAACAAUGAAGAUCCGUCGGCACACAGAGAGCAGACUAACAGGUCGAUGCAACAAUCAAGUGAAUUGCCCAGCAUAAGGUCUUCGUCUGAUCAGCAUGCGAGUCCAAAUGUCCAACCAAGCGUUGUCGGUGAAAGUUGGUACGCUUCUUAUGUCAUGAGAGGUUACACGCCCGGUCACAACAGUGUUCACCGCCCAAUCGGCGUGUGUAACGAGACUGUUCAGAGUGUAACCCGCGACACGACAAGAGAGAGCGUCUGCAGUCGGCCAUACUUGCCUCGUGAGAAGACGAGCCUCUCGGACCUCCCAUCACCAGACUUAGUAGAUCGUCUGAUCAAGGUCUACUUCGACAGAUUCCAUGUCUUCUGUCCAAUUCUCAGCAGAAAGUACUUCCUCACGUCCCUCGAAGAUGGGACAAUGUCCGGUACCCGACUCCGAAGUGUUCUCUUUGUGGCAUCGUUGCACUGUGACCCAGAGGUACUGCAUCUCAUGGGGUACAGUACUCGAUGGGAUGCUAAAAACGCUCUGUACAACAAAGCUAGCACAGCGUUUGAUGCGGAUCGAGAAUCAAGUCGUACACAUAAAAUUCUGUCGUCGUACCUGCUUCACAACUGGUUCGGAAGUCCGACGGCUUAUCGCGAUUGCCACUGGUGGCUUGCAGCAGCGAUACGAUCCGCGCAGUGUACUGGGUAUCACAGGAGCACAAGAAAUAGCAGGAUGUUGCCUGAGGAGAGGUCACGGUGGAAGCGCAUCUGGUGGUGUCUUUAUGUGAGUAUAUCCACCGGGACACCGAUGGUGAUCAACGACGAAGAUCAUGAUGUGGAAGAACUUAUCCAGGGAGACUUUACGGAAGAAGCUCCCGAGACUGUCCAGUAUAUUAUAUCGCAGGUCAAGUUGAGUAAAGCUGGUAAGAUGUUCCGUUCCCCCAAGCAUGAUUGUUGGCCGGGUGAGAUACUAACGGAACAGUGGCUCGACUGUACUUCUCCCAUUGCUCACCGUCGCGUCUGUCUCUCUGUAAAGAAGCUCAUGUUCUCCAUGAAGCCAUCAGAGAUGUUCAGUCGACACUACAAGCCUGGUAUGAGUCGUCUCAGGGCUUGA